AUGGACGGUGAAGAAGCUUUCUUAUGCGGGCAGAAUCGAAUUGGUGGGGAGCAUUGUUGUGGGAUUGAUUGGCUAUUGGUCUCAAUAGAUUGUCCUCCCAAAGAAGUCAAGGCCGCGGGAGUAAGAAGGUUAAGUGGAAUUAGUUUGAGGAAUUGCGUGGAGUGGAACAAAGUUGUCACAUAUAAGCACUUAUUGGCGAUCCAAGGAAAGCAAGAGUCGUUGUGGGUUAAGUGGGUUCACUCUAGGUUCAUGAAAAACGAACCUAGUAUAUGGACAAGCAAAGUGAAGGAUGGCAUGGCAUGGUCUGUAAAGAAGAUUAUAAAAUUGAAAAAUAGCGUUGCUUCAAUCUUUGACAUUCGACUUGGGGAUGGACGGGGUACUCUCUUUUGGCAUGAUCUGUGGUUUGAGAGCCGACCACUUAUUGAUAGAGAAGAGUUCCGAGGGAGGAGAAUUAGGAGAGACUGUGCGACUGCCACGGCUGAUGUUCAUUUGUGGAAUGCCGAAGAGUAUGGAAAGUUAAAGUCUAACAAGAUUUGGAAUGUUAUAAGGGAAAGAGGUCAAGUUGUUAAUUGGGCAGAUCUUGUUUGGUCUUCUAAAGUCAUCCCAAGGUAUCGUUUCAUUCUUUGGUUGACUUUUCGUAGAAGACUUAACACUCGGGAUCGAAUUCAAGCUUACAUUGACAUUCCGGAUGUUAGUUGCUUACAUUGUGAUGGAAAUGUAGAGAUGAUUGAUCACUUACUCGGGGGCUGUCCGUUUACAAGGCAUGUGUGGAAUAAGUUCACUUCGGCGAUGUCUAUUUUGAGCUUUCCGGAGUCGUGGGAGGAGAUUAUAGCUACUGCCCAAGAUAGAACUAAGGCAAACAAAUUUCCAGCAAACGCUUUUAAGUGCAGUUUUGCCUCUAUCGUGUAUCAUGUUUGGGCCGAAAGAAACGCACGAGUGUUUGGAAGAGUGCGACGAAGUGUUGACCAAGUUUGGAGUGAUAUUGUCUUUCAUUGCGGGGCACUUAUGAGGACAUGGAGGAGGAUCCCUAAAGGCGAACACGAAUGGAAUUUUUGUCGGGAUUGUAAGAUAUCAUACGAGGAAGUCACUUCUUUUAAAAAAUUUAAAGUGAGAUAA